GUGGAGAGACCCAUUCCUGAGCUGGGAGGCGAGCGAGCAAGUGGCCGGCCCGCUCCCUCCUCCUACUGCUCCUCCGUGUCUCCCCACGAGCCAGAGCCCCUGAGCUGGGCUCUGCCGUGCCGAGGCAGGCACAUUUGUUUUAAAUUAAAACUCGUUUUCCGAUCGCUGCUCCCUCCCGGCAGCGCACUGACGCCCUAUCGCUUACGCCGCCACUCGCGAGCCUUCAUCCGGUUACGUGCCAACACCGCCGCCACCACCACCGCCACCACAACCCCCCCUCGUAUUAACUACAAACGCGACUGUGAGCAGAGCGCAUGUGGGGGAGGUCUCCAAGCCCGGCGUUGCGCAGGUGAUCACGGAGGCGACGUGAGCUCUACUCGCGAUGCGCAUCCACCGACGCUCCACGCGGAGCCAGCGUGCCCAGUGAGCGCUCGCGUCUACCUGGCGGGGCAACGUCGUUGAGCCGCGGCCAAAACAAACAGCACGGGACGACACAGAGAGAGAGAGAGACACGCGUACGCACAGAGAGAGAGAGAGACACACACGACGAGAGAUAGUGAAGAUCACAUCCUACGAUUUCAAGGUACCAAGAGCGGCGCGUCCGUUAGGGUAGAAGAGUGAAAGUCGCGUGCGCGACUCCCCGAGCCCAGAGAGCGACGAAGAGCGCGGGGCGAGCGGAGCGACCGGCGGCUGCGUUGACAUGAGCGGCGUUGCGAUGCCCCCGUCGCAUCGGGACGAUAUUGUGGCCACGUAGUCGACAGUGCGGCAUCCGCUCUACUCGGCAUCUCUUAAAGCGGCGGGGGGGGAGGGGGAGCUGGGAAGAAGACUGGGAGCUUCGGCCCUCGAGGACGGGACGGGUUGUCUAUGGGCAGCAGCAGCUGCAGCCACGCGCGUCUGCCCGAGCCGCAGUGAACCUGGCCGGUGCCCGGCAAAGCGACUAUGCAGCUCCAUGUGCUCCUCCUGCUCAUCGUCGCCUCUCUCGUGGAUUUUACGGGCGGCCACAACGCGACGGCGAGGGCCAAGCGGCACAGACGAAUGGGUGCGAGCAGUGCGCUGUGCCCGCGCGGAUGCUCCGGGUGCUCGGAUGCCAACGGCUGCCUCAGCUGCAUGCCUCGCUUCUUCUUCCACCUGCAGCGGGCCGGCAUGCGGCAGCUGGGAGCCUGCCUGCACAUGUGCCCCUCGGGAUACUACGGCCUGCGCGCCACGCACAUGAACAAGUGUGCAAAAUGCAAGAUCGAGCGCUGCGACACGUGCUUCAGCAAGAACUUCUGCACGCGUUGCCUCCCCGGCUCGUACCUCUACAAGGGGAACUGCUACGAGUCGUGUCCAGACGGCUUCUCCCCCACCAACCACACAAUGGAGUGCGUGCCAAUCGUGCAUUGCGAGGUCUCCAUGUGGGGGGAGUGGUCCCAGUGCACGAAGAACGGACGGCAGUGCGGGUUCAAGUGGGGGCGCCAGUGGCACGCGCGGCAGGUCGUCCGCUACCCCAGCAGUGGCGGGGGGCUCUGCCCCCCACUCCGGGAAGUGCGCAAGUGUCGUUCGCAGCAUCGGACCUGCCCUGACGACGACAACUCACGCCACGGACGGCGUGGCAAGAAGCGGAAGAACAAGCACAGGAGGCCAGGCGCCGCGAGGGGGCCCCAGGCGGCGCGCGUCCGGGACAAGCCGGCGGCACGCCAGCAGCGCACGGAGCUCCGCACGGAGCGCACGCCGGCGGGGGCCGUGUGACACCGGCGGCGCUUCCUCUCGUCCCGUCACCACCCCUCCCUCCCAACCCCAACUUGUCUGCUUCACGACUGAACGAGCGACGCUCCCUGCUUGUUGGCGCUUUUGCUCCGAGCGGAACUCUUUAACGGCCAACGAGGAGGACGCCCUUCGCCGCCGCGUUAUUUAAGGAACGUUUUUGCUGAAGAAAGAAAAUCUUGCUGGGGGGGGGGGGAAUCACUCGUCGAGAGAGAUGGGGGGGGGGGCAAACGUUGUUUUUCCACAACUGUUUAGUUUUUAUUUCGUCGCUGACAUCGUCGCUGACAUCGUAGUCGUUUUUUUGUUUGUAUUGCCCCCACCACCACCCCCGUCGCAAUUAUCGCCAGAGGAACGCCCGUCCCUCCGAGGAAGCUUCUUUGCUUGCGACUAUUAUUAACCUCAUUCCGCUCAAGGCUCAAGGCACACGCGGCGCUCCACUUUCCUCGACAGAAGAGAGCCGUGGGACUAUGUGGACUGAUCGCGAACGAAUGUUCAAAGCUCUUAGAAGAAAGUCAGAACGUUCUCUGCAAAUGCGCAUAGAACUCUAAAGCAGCGCUGUGGUUUUUGUAUCAUUAUUUUGUCGUACGUUUAAACGCUGUGCAGGAUGUAGGAGACCCCAGAAAGCACUGUUCGCUUUGAAUGAAGUACUGUACUGUAACCCUAAUGAGGCACGUUCAUGCUUAGAUGUGUAUACUUGUACAUUGCAAUAUUCUAGCCUUUGAAUGUUAACUUUGUAGUUAAAUUUACAGUAUGUUAAACAAACAAAAAAAAUCAUCGUAAACUAAAUUAUUGCUUGACAGUACAGAUCUAACGUUAGCCCCCAGCUUGUCAAAUGCAUUUUGUUGCUUUGAGCGAUGGUGCGACUAUUUUGACUGCGUUAUUUACGGCAUAGCACAGGGAUAUGGGCGAUGAGUCAAAGGUGGUUUGGUUGUGCCAGUAAAGGGUUGUAUUUCGCAAAUCAUAACAAGGUAACCGCAAGCAUUGGUAUCAAAAACUAAAAUAAAUAAGUACACGACUCAUUUAGCUGUAUACAGUGUAAUGCUAUUGUGAGAUUAUGUUGAAUUUCUAUUGUACAUCCCUAUUUAAAUUUGUAAAUAAGUUUUUUUAUAUCUUAUACAUGAACAAAACGCAUUGCAAGAUAUUAAAAGUAAUAUCACAAUUUA